AUGCAGCAUCGAAUGGAGGCGAUCGGAAACAUCAUCGCCCAGAAGAAUCCGGAUCUUGUCGCGUUGCAGGAGAUGACAGCAGAGCAUUGGAAAGAGUGCCUGAAGAGUGAAGCUAUUCGACGCUACUUCUGGAGCCCACAAGCUCCGCAGCGAUACUUUACUAUGCUGGGAAGCCGGCUGCCGGCGAAAAUGGAGCCAGUGAGGUAUCCUUUCAAGGCAAGCAAAAUGCAGAGGGACCUCCUCGUCAUGACCGUGGAGCCAACAGGGCUCCCGCCGCUUGCGUUUGCAACAUCACACCUGGAGUCCUUGGACGAGCACAAGGCUCGCCGAGCUCAAAUCGACGAGAGCUUGUCGAUUUUGGCCGAUCAUGCAGAUGCCGUGUUCUGUGGUGACACCAACAUCAAUGAAGCAGUGGAUGGGCAUGUCAAGCUGCCUCGAGACUGGGAGGAUGCCUGGCUUGCCCUCAAACCAGAUGAUCCAGGCUACACUUUCGACGUGGAGAGGAAUGGCAUGAUGGCAGCCGUGGAUGGCUGGGCGCGAGCUAACAAAGCUCGUCUUCGCUUCGAUCGUUUCUGGAUGAAGGCGGCCAACUACGCGGCGACGGAAAUAGAGCUCAUCGACGAGCCCAUCAAGGACGGUCUGUGGCCGAGCGAUCACUUCGGGCUGCUGCUGACGCUGCAGGAGUGGCGGCAGAACCGCGGCGACCAGCGGAAAGACUGCUCAACCACCUGA